UAACAGUCGGUCUGUUCCCCUCUCUCAACAUUAAUGAGUAAAUAAAGACUCGCAGCAGGUCAGUCUGCGUGUAGUCAGGGAUUCAGACGAAGAACAACAACAGAACCGAGUCCAGAACCGAGAGGAGGCGAUGAGAACCGAAACCUGAACGUUGAUCUUUUGUUUGUCAGGCGGACAGUGAAGGCGAGACUCAGGCAGGAGGCAUGAUGGAGGCGGAGCAACAUGCUUGUGAUAAAUGUGGACAGAACUUCUCGGACACGUCCGUCUCCCACCGCUGUCCAAAGCCGCCGGUCCGGACGGGUCCAGGGAACCGGAGCCGGAACCGGAGCCGGUCACCAGCAGGGAAACAACCAGAAAACAACCCCAACGCUUCAGCGCCACCUGCAGCGGAGGCUGUUUAUCGGACCAACGCCUGUCCCAAAUGUCGGCGCUGCUUCAAGAUGCGUUCCCACCUGCGGGAACACCUUCGGCUGCACUUCCCCGACCCCGGCCUCCAGUGCCCCGCCUGCGGCCGGUUCUUCACCAGCCAGAGCAAGCUGCGCAUGCACCGCCUCCGGGAGGCCGGGGUCAAGGCCCACCGCUGCCCCCUGUGUGAUUAUUCAGCCGUGGAGAGAAACGCCGUCCGGCGCCACGUGGCCAGCAGGCAUCCAGAGGAGGCCGGCGGCAGCCAGAGCUUCCUCUGUCCCGCCUGCAGCCAGAGCUUCCUCCACAUCCGGGCCCUGAAGACUCACAUGAAGACACACAACAUCCGGCGGGACGCGGCGCCGGCGGCCUGCGUCCAGGACGGCUGCGCCUUCCAGAGCUCCCACAGCAAAGACCUGCUCAGACACGCCGCUGAGGAGCACGGGGUCAGAGCGGCGCAGUGUCGUCAUCACGCCUGCAGCGCCAUCUUCAAAUGCGAAGCAGACAUGGAGGAUCACUACCGGAGCCACCUGGCCUACCGCUGCCCAGACUGCAGCUUCUGCUGCUCCAACAGGACCGAGCUGCUGCAGCACCGGCGGCUCGGACACACCGGCCAGCAGGAGCUCUGCUGCGAUUUCUGCCCCUUUGUGACCUUUAACCCCGUGGAGUACGAGCAGCACGUGACGCGUCUGCACGCCAACGAGAAGAUCCACCGCUGCUCUCAGUGCAGCUACGUCACGGCGCACAAACGCAGCCUGAAGCGGCACGUCAUGACGCACAGCGGUGAGAAACCUCACCAGUGCAGCUUGUGUGAGUUCAGGUGCAGAGACGAGUCGUACCUCUCCAAACACAUGCUGGUCCACACCGAGCACAAGAACUUCAUGUGUGCAGAGUGUGGAUACGUCACCAAGUGGAAGCAUUACCUGACCGUCCACAUGAGGAAACACGCCGGAGACCUCAGAUAUUCCUGUGAUCAAUGCUCCUAUCGAUGCCAUCGGAUGGAUCAGCUGAAGAGUCACAAACUACGGCAUCAAGCUAAAUCCCUCAUGUGUGAGAUCUGCGCUUACGCCUGCAAGCGCAAGUAUGAGCUGCGCAACCACAUGCUGGCCAAGCAUUCUGGGGAGGAGAAGAAGUCUGCUGCAUACCAGUGCAAGUACUGCUCAUAUAGCACCUGGUACCGGCAGGCGCUCCAGAACCACGAGAACUGCAAGCACACCAAGCUGAAGGAGUUUGGCUGCGCGCUCUGCUCCUACUCGUCCUACAGCAGCAUCAGCCUCUUCCAGCACAAGAGGAAGGUCCACGGCUACGUCCCUGGAGACGCCGCCUGGCUGCAGAACUACGCAGCCAAGGAAAAGCAGAGGAACUCAGCAGAGUUCCUGCAGGACUUUUACAGGAAGUCCAGACAACCAGCUGCUGCUACACAGCAGAACCAGUCAGGAUCCGACCCCUGCACUGAAGGUUCUGCCGCUUCUCAAGCCGACGGUUCGGUUCUCGUCCAAGAAGUUGGUCAUGAAGCCGUUUCUGAAAGAUCCAGCAGCAGUCUGGAGCCGUACUGUACUCUGGUGUUGACCAGAGUACCGACCGUCGAGGCUUUAAGAAACGAGAACCAAACCUGCCAUGGCACACCGCCUUUAACCGGGCCAGAACCGUCCACACCUGCCAGCUCUUUGGAGGAAGACAAUCUAGGAUCGCAAGACGGACCUGGUGAGCAAAGUGACGUAGAACCUGCAGGAAACCGACCCGUCACACUCUGAGGCCCGACUGAAAGCUCUGAGGAAACACGACAAGGACCAAGCAGACGCCAUGAUUCUGGAGGGACGGGUCCAGAUGCUGGCGCUGCCAUCUGAAGCUGCUUACGG